AUGAAAGUUCUAGAUGAAGAUCAAUUUUUUAAAUUCACAAGAAUUACUGCCCUGGAGAAGUAUAUGACACUCUAUUUUUAUAUAUGUGAAUUACAUUUAUUGCUGGGCGUUGUUAAUACUCUUAUGAAACAAAUGAUGCUAAAUUUCUCAGAGGAUGCAGAUAAAUGGAUUAAAGCUUGUAAUGUUCAGAGAGAUCACAGAGGCCCUUCAUUCAAAGGUUCAGGUUCAGGCGUACCGUCGCAUUCAGACUGGCAAAAUGCUUGGCACAAAGAAAAAUUUUCAAGAUGCAGAGAAACACUAAUAAGACAUUUGUAUUGGGCAUGUGAUAAAGAUAUCUACAGACUAACGAAACGAACUGACGAAGGCUAUAAAAAAUAUUACAACAAAGAAGACUAUCGCCCAGCCCUAAUCAAUACCAUAGUUACAACCAACUUGGUUGAACCAAGGUUACAUCAAACAGUGCGCACAGUACGCAAAAAAAUCCGGGAAAUUUUGUGUAAAUUUACCUUAAUCACAAAAAUGACACAAUCAACAAUAAUUGAAAGAUUGGUCGACUUACCUGUAAGGAAGAUCGAUCUUAAUUAUUUGAGUGGUCCUGUCUGA